AUGUGGAAGCUGCUUCUGCUCCUCAGCCUGGUGGCCCUGGCCCAGUGUGGUGUGUUCAGGGUGCCUCUGUGGAGGGGCAAGUCCCUGAGGCAGACCCUGGAGGAGAAGGGCUUGCUGGAGACCUACCUGCAGAAGCACCAGGCCAGGCUGGGGGCCCAGGCUGCUGACAGCAAGGGAGACAGAGAGCCCAUGAGGAACUACAUGGACAAUGAGUACUUCGGCAACAUCUCCCUCGGGACCCCGGGGCAGGUCUUCACUGUGAUCUUUGACACCGGCUCCUCCAACCUCUGGGUGCCCUCCGUCUACUGCAACAGCUCUGCCUGCAGCAACCACCAGCGCUUCAACCCCGACGCCUCCUCCACCUUCGUGGGCACCAACCGGACGCUGAGCAUCACCUACGGCACGGGCAGCAUGACCGGCGUGCUGGGCUACGACACCCUCACCGUCUAUCAGAUCACCAUCACCAGCCAGGUCUUCGGGCUGUCGGUGACGGAGCCCGGGGACGUCUUCACCUACAGCCCCUUCGACGGCAUCCUGGGGCUGGCUUACCCCAGCAUCUCCGCCUCCCAGGCCACCCCUGUCUUCGACAACAUGAUGGCACAGAACCUGGUGGCAAAGAACCUCUUCUCUGUCUACCUCAGCAGGAACGGGGACGGUGGCAGCUUCAUCCUCUUUGGUGCCAUCGACUCCAAGUACACCUCCAAGGGCAUCACCUGGAUCCCCCUCUCUGCCCAAACCUACUGGCAAGUCAGCAUGCAGAGUGUCACUGUCAACUACCUGCCCAUCGCCUGCCUGGGGGGCUGCCAGGCCAUCCUGGACACGGGCACCUCCCGGAUAGUGGUCCCCACUUCAUCCCUGCCCAGCAUCCGCUUCUUCCUUGGUGCCAACUCCCAGGGCCAGGUGAGGGUCAGCUGCAACGCCGUCCGCUUCAUGCCCGACGUUGUCUUCCACAUCCACGGCGACCUCUUCCCCGUGCCAGCCCGGAGCUAUGUGAUCAAGCAAAGCGACGGCUCCUGCAUCCUGGGCUUCGACAGCAUGGACAGCGACCUCUGGAUCCUGGGGGACGUCUUCCUGCGGCAGUACUACAGCAUCUACGACAGGGACAACAACAGGGUGGGGCUGGCCAGGGUGCCCUGA